UCGAAAGCAUCCUGGUGUUAGCAGCUAGCAGCUAGCAGCUGACAAAACAAUAAGUGAGCUGUAAAUAUCUAACAUGGGCGAAUCAUGAACUUGACCCUAGUGGAGACAAAGAAGAUAAGGAGCUACCCAAACUGGAAUUUAACCAACAUGGUGUGAUAGCUGAUAAACGAAGAGGCCAUUUAACACCGCUAACUAAAACAUUAGCGUUAACGACAGCUAAUGUUCAAAGUUUGACGGGCAACAGGAGCGUAUUCGUUAGCUAACUGCUAGUUUGUCUGUCUGUUAGUAACAACACCAGCUGGAUAGGUAUUAUGUCUUGUUAUUGUAGCAGUUAUAUUGACUAACUCGCUGUGUGCGCACUCACUAAAUAACGCGUCGUGCCUGUAAAAUUAGCGUUAACGUUAAAUCUGAGUAACGUUAGGUGAGUUACUGAAUGAGUACUGAUGCUAACGUUAGCCACCUAAACUUCAGUGUAACACAUAUGUGACAUUAUUACUCAAAAUCAGUAUUGAAUGUCUUUCAUAGACAGUUGUUGAAUAAUAGCUGAAGUCAGUGAGCAGCUGGUAUCUGAUAGCUACAAGUCUGUUUUUCGGAUUGAUUUCGGCCAAUCACAUGAGAUAAAUAAUGCGAAAAACCAGGAUGUCAAUCGUAUGGGGAUUAAUGUCAGGGCAGCGGUAUUGUGUAGGAAACACAUCUGUCCGGUCAUUCCGAUAAUCCCUGUUUUCCGUAAUGCAGUCACUGUAGAUUUUUGUUUUUAAUAGCUCAGAGUGUCAGUGUAACAUAUUUAUAAAUACCAAAACAUUUGGAAACUCAGUUCAUCUUCGACAGUCCACUUUUCUGUAAGUUAUGCCUGGGGACGCAUCUGAUAGUAGUGAUGACUCCGAUGCGAAAACCAAUGAAACAGCUUGUACCGUCAAGCAUCAAAUCACCAAUGCUAACCUCACAGGACACACUGAGAGGGUUGGCAUGGAGAACUUUGAGCUGCUCAAAGUCUUGGGCACUGGAGCUUAUGGAAAAGUGUUUCUGGUCAGGAAGAACAGCGGCCACGAUGCAGGCCAGCUAUAUGCUAUGAAGGUGCUGAAGAAAGCAGCUAUCGUUCAAAAGGCAAAGACAACAGAGCACACUCGCACGGAGAGGCAGGUGCUGGAGCACAUCCGCCAGUCUCCCUUCCUGGUCACGCUCCAUUACGCCUUUCAGACGCAGAGCAAGCUGCAUCUCAUCCUGGACUAUGUGAGCGGCGGGGAGAUGUUCACUCAUUUGUACCAGCGGGAUCACUUUCCAGAGGAGGCUGUGCGGAUUUAUAUCGGGGAAAUAAUCCUGGCCCUGGAGCACCUGCACAAGCUUGGGAUUGUGUACCGAGACAUCAAGUUGGAAAAUAUUCUUCUCGACCAUGAAGGACAUGUGGUAUUGACUGAUUUCGGGCUCAGCAAAGAGUUUCUGGUUGAAGAGAAGGAAAGGACCUACUCUUUCUGUGGCACUAUUGAGUACAUGGCACCUGAAAUCAUCAGGGGGAAGUCAGGACAUGGCAAGUCGGUAGAUUGGUGGAGUCUUGGCAUCCUGAUGUUUGAGCUGCUGACGGGAGCGUCUCCUUUUACUCUGGAGGGAGAGAGGAACUCCCAGAGCGAGGUGUCAAAACGUAUUUUGCGCUGUGAUCCGCCGUUCCCCUCUAUGAUCGGACACAUUGCUCAGGAUAUGCUGAAGAAGUUGUUGGUGAAAGAUCCCCACAAGAGGCUGGGCUCUGGACCACGAGGGGCUGAAGACAUCAAAGCACAUGCCUUCUUCAAGGGACUAAACUGGGAUGACCUAGCCCAGAAGAAGAUGCAGAGUCCAUUCAAGCCAGAGCUUAAGAGUGAACUUGACGUGGGGAACUUUGCUGAGGAGUUCACAGGGAUGGAACCAGUCUACUCUCCGGCCAGCACGCCCCCAAGCACAGACCGCCUGUUCCAGGGCUACUCGUUUAUUGCUCCCUCCAUCCUGUUCAAUAAGAACGCCGUCAUGGGUGACUUUGUACAGUCCCAGAUUCAUGCUGAGCGACCAGGUUCGGCCUCUGUCCAACGCAGUGCAAUGUUAGAGGAAUCCCAGUUUUUUCAGCACUAUGAGCUGUGUCUCCACGGGCCACCCUUAGGUGAGGGUAGUUUCUCUGUGUGCAGGAAAUGUCGACACAAGCAAAAUGGCAACGAGUUUGCAGUCAAGAUCGUCAGCCGCAGAAUGGAGGUAAACACCCAGAGGGAGAUUGCUGCUUUGAGGCAAUGUGAAUCUCACCCAAACAUUGUGAAGCUGCAUGACGUCUAUACUGAUCAGUUCCACACAUAUUUAGUGAUGGAGCUUCUGGGAGGUGGGGAGCUGCUGGAGAGGAUCAAGAAGAAGAAACUCUUUGGCGAGGCGGAGGCCAGUCAGCUGUUACAGAGCCUGGUCUCGGCUGUCAGCUUCAUGCACGAAGCCGGAGUCGUGCACAGAGACCUCAAACCGGAGAACGUGCUGUUUUCAGACGAGGGAGAGAACUCUGUGCUGAAAGUCAUAGAUUUUGGAUUCGCCCGUCUGUGCCCUGCAGGCAGCGCCCCCCUGCAGACCCCUUGCUUCACGCUGCAGUACGCUGCGCCGGAACUUUUUGAGAGCGCAGGAUACGACAAGGCCUGUGACCUCUGGAGUCUCGGGGUCAUCCUGUACACCAUGCUGUCAGGCCAGGUGCCAUUUCAGAGCGAGCAGCUGGGGAUGACCUCAUCGUAUGCUGCCGACAUCAUGCAAAAGAUAAAAGAGGGCGAUUUCUCACUGGAUGGGGAGGCUUGGAAGGGUGUGUCAGAGGAUGCAAAAGAGCUUGUGAAAGGCCUGCUGACAGUAGAUCCAGAGAUGCGUCUCAAACUCUCUGAUCUGAAAGAGAACAGCUGGCUGCAGGGUGGAGCAUCCAUGUCCACCACUCCUUUGUGCACUCCAGAUGUGCUGGAGUCCAGUGGGCCCACCGUCCGCACUUAUGUCAACGCCACCUACAAGGCUUUCAACCGCGGUAAGAGAGAGGGCUUCUUUCUGAGCGUCGACAACGCCCCCCUCGCCAAACGACGAAAGCUAAAGAUGACGAGCACGGGAGUAGAGACCCGAUGGAGUUCAUCCUCUUCCUCCUCUUCUUCUUCCACUUCCUCCGCCUCUGCGACCCCAUCCAAAGCACAGCCAAAGCAAACCGUGACCCCAAAGCAGAGCUAGCCUAAAUAGCAGGGCAGAAGAUAGUAGGGAAAUGAAGUGGUAUGCGCUUAAACUGGCAGCAAGACGUCUUUCAGCGGUGCCACCUUCACCCAGAUCCAAAAAAAACCCCCCACAUACUGACAAACCAAAAGACUGGGUUAGAUUCGUGUUUAGAUUUUCGACACAAAUUUGAAUUCUACUUUUUACUAACAUGGUAAAGCAACUUCAUUCAUCAUCAUGUCAUCAUGCUUUAUUCUCCCCAAAAGCACACAUGUAUUUUGGACAGAAGAGGAGAUGGUAGAGGUUUAGUUUAAUAUCAUUAAGGUGUACAGAGACUGUGGCCUUGAGAAAAAAAGAAAAAGAAUACAUAUUCAGUAUUCGCUCACUAUAAAUGUGGUGACAUCACACACUAAAAGUUCAAGAUGAGACAUUUACCUAUUUUCACUGUGGGUAAGAAACAGUGCCUGGCUAUAUAGGGAUAAAGGGAAAAAGGAGCCAUAAAUGAGCAGAAGCCAUAUAUAUACAGCAAAGCAGUGAAUAUAUCAAUUGAGCCGGUGUGAAAGCACACUUAAUUUGCACAUAGCAAACGAGUAGUCCUUCCAGUAAUUUGCAGAUUUAAUCCUUUUGAUUGUAUCUAGUUAUUUUUAACUUUGCCACACAUAGAAAGAUUUGGCCACUGCUUUACCAGUGCUUUGCCACAUAUAGGCACUCUGCUCUGUAAAGAUAGCAAUUUUUUUUUUGGGUUGCUUUUCUAAAUUGUUUAGGUUGGUCAAAAAUCUAGCUGUUUGCACUAUUUGCAGAGAAUGUAAAUGAUCAAAUGGUUGAAAAGGAGAGCAAGUUUCUGGACUGAGCACAAACGCUUAUGACAUGUGGAACCUCGAGAUUACAUAGGAUUAUUGCUGUAGUCAAUAUCUUCUCUAUUGGAUACUGUGUGAUGAUCUUCAGUCCAAAAGGGCGGCGACUUCGCAAGCAGUCGCACCUCUAAUACACUACCAACUCUACAGUUCCCACUGAACACAACGUGGAGCUCAUGUCUCGAUGAUAUGUUUCGAUAAACAAUCAGUUUGAUUUGAAGCGGUCGCAGUACUAACAAAGUGUCCAACAGUAGCAGCACCUGUAAAAAGAAUUUAAAAAGAGACAAAGACACAAGAAGCAGUCAUUUUAUACAGAAUAAUUUUCUCCUCAUACUUGCUGUAAAUUACUCGCAAUAUGUGCUCGUCUGAGGAUUUUUUAGCAUGCUUAUCUGUCGUGAUGAUGAAUUAUAAGAACAUUUUCUAUAUUUUUGGUAUCUCGAGCGCACUCAAGAAAGUAUCACUCAGAAUGUUUGCACGUAGAUUGGAGCAAAAUUGAUUUAGCUGAUUUUGAGCGCUCGUUGUCUCGGGCUGGUGAUUUUUUUGUUUUUUGUUUUUUUUUAAAAGGUAUUGCAGUUUUUUUAAAUUGGCCUAUCAAACCAGCGCCAAAUGCAGCUAUUACAAAUAAAUCAGUUUUGAUACCGUGAAGUAUCGUUGCGUGUUGAUUAUGCUUUGAUUUUAAGAUUUAUGUUUGUUGUCACCUGGGCUGCAUAGGUCACCCCAAAAUAUGUCUUUUUACAGAUGUGGAUUAAAACAUUGUAUCGCUUUGAAAUGAAAACCAUGUUACACAAUACACUUAAUCAUGACUUUAAAAUGGUUCUUUGGAGACCAUCCUGCGACAGUUGUUGUAUAUAAACUCAUCCUUUUGAUUUAGAGCAAAAAAUGAUGUUUGUAAUGGUUUAAUGGUAUAUUAGUCACCUGAUGUAAUUAUGUUUUUAUUGGAUUUUCUUUUUUUUUCUCUUUUUCUUUUUUUUUUUAACAUGUUGCACAGUCGGUUGAUCAAUUAAACACAUUUCAGCUUUAAAGGUGCUUUCACUGAUAUUUAUUACAUGUAAUUGAUUUUAAUGCUGUGGUAAUGGGAUUCAUGUGAAAUUGGCUCUUGUUGUUUACCAGCACCGUGUGUGUGUGUGCGCGUGGCUGUGUGAGAGCAUGUGUGGCGCUGGGAGAUUGGUUGUACUGAUAUUUCUAUACCAGAUGAAGCAUUAUUGCAAGUUACUGUAUUAUUAUUUCUUGUCCUUUGCCGCCUUUGUCUUUUAAAAGGUAACAGGUUGUUUGUGUUUGAAUAUUUUCACUUAAACUGUGCUUUUAUUGGUGUUGAUAUUCUUUUUGUUAUAGUAAAUGAAAUUUUUCUUCUCUUCUCUUCUCUUCUUUCUUUUUUUUUUUUUUGAGCAUUACUAUUUUACUGAGAUGCACUGUCACUGAUGUCAUAACUGGGAGUUUGAUCUUUUGCGCCAAGAUUUUUUUGUUUGGUGCAAAAUAAAUGACUUUUA